AUGUUUGUUAGACGGUCAUCCCAAAGCCAUACGGAGAGCUUUUCUUCCAAAUAUCGAGCGGGUAAAUCCUCGUCUCGAUCAAAGAGAUCCUUCAGAGAUCCUGCAUCAUCAUCGUCAACAACCACCAGACGAGCUGAAAGGGCUGCUCGCAAACCAGAUAGCCCUCCAGCUGGCACCAGCAACCUUACCUCUGCCAUUAUAACCCUCUGCGUCGGCCCCGACCAACGUCUCUUUGCCGCUCACGAGGACGUCCUGUGCAUCUCACCCUUCUUCGCCACCUGUUGUCGAGGCCAGUUCCUCGAGUCCCACGGCAAGAGAAUCAAUCUGCCCGAUGAGCAGCCAGAAAUCCUCUCGUCCAUCCUCGAGUACCUCUACAAGGGCGACUAUUACCCACGCUUAAUGCACAAUAAACGCCGAGAUGUCUGGGAGCUGGAGAAUGCUGGGAAUGGUUCGAGUGAGCAAGCUUCCGAGUCGACUAUUAUCAACCAGGUGGAUGGGGCUGUUAUCUUGAAGGAUACCGCUGUCUACUGUGCUGCAGAACGAUACGGCUUGGACGACCUGAAACGACUCGCUCUCCGAAAACAGGGGCUUCAGGUCGCGGUGCAAUGUAGCACGAUUCUCUCUAGUGCUCGAUUCGCCUAUGCAAACACCCCGGACAACGAUUCCAAGCUCCGUGCCCAUUAUCUUGCCCUGAUCAUCCGCAGCAGAUCGACUUUCAAGCGAAGUGGCCCCAUGCAGAUGGAAAUGGAGAUUGGAGGGAAACUCUUCUUCGACCUUUUUGUCGCCAUGUGCAAUCAUAUGGAUGAUCUCACCAACGCCUCCAAGUCACCCUUCUCCCGUUAAUAAUGCCCC